UCAAUACAGAGAUAACCGUCAAAGGAGAAAAACGAGUGAAAAGGAAGAAAGAAAGGCUACAUCGCAGGUUGUUUUUGUCACUGGCAGGCUCGUGUACUCAUUUGUCUGUCAUCUGAAAUCACUCUCUGGUGACACAGUAGACGCGUCAUUGGCAAAAUGGACCCGAGCACGACCAUCCUGCGGGUGAAGAGGAAGAGAGGCACUGACCCGGCGGACGCGCUGCUGCUGGCCUGUAAGCGGAUCCGUCCGGAGGCCACGGCGGCUCAGCCCAGCGAGGAGAGUGAACCAGAGCCACAGGAACCCAAGAUAGAGAACUCCGUGUUCAAACUGGUGGCCACCGUGGUGUCGCAGGAUGCUCCGGUACAGCCACAUGUCCGCGAGGCUCUGGCUCGCCCACGUCUGGCCCAUCAUGCCUUGCGGCCAUCACAAGGAAGCACUCAGAGGAUCAUGGGUGAUCUGCGCAGUGUCAAAUGGAGCACCAGGCAAGAGGAACGGUACCGGAUCCUGUCCAGCCACCGGGCCGGACUGCAGACAGAGCCCACUCCUGCAAGAGUAGAAGAGGAGAGCAAUGACAACCAAUCAGAGAGCGGUGAAGGCCUCUCUUUGGGAGAAGUGCAAGUCUUUGAUAUUGUGCAUGAGGAGGAGGAUGUCAAAAUGCCUGUUAAGACUAUGUCUGACCCAGAGACAAUCCUUUGUAAUUCUGUGAAGAUGAUUCGUGAGAAGCUGAGCGUGUCGGGAGCCGGGCUCGGUACUGAACAUCGAGAGAAAGAGGAUGAUUAUGUGUAUGACUUGUACUACCAGGAGACGGUCACACCAGGCUGGAUCCAAGACAUUCUGUCUGUCAGACCAUACACACAAGAGGGAGACCUGGUCCCUGAUGAAGUGGCCUGGGAGGAAGACGUGUAUGAAGAUGAGGAUGAUGAGAAUGCUGAAACCAACUGGAGAAAUGACUACCCCGAUGAGAGCAGCGAGGAUGACAGUGAUGCAGAAGAGCGUUAUGGAGGUUUCUGGAGUGAAGAGCACUCGUACAGCAGGAGGAGCUGGGAACGCUACCAGCUGGACAUGAUGGAGGAGUUGGAGAAUGACAAAGAUGAGGAGGAACGAAAGUGUAAUGAUUCUGACUGAGAGCCUCUUGUGUGUGGAUCCGAGCAUGAGAGAGGCCAUUUUUACUGACGUGUGUUGAGUGAAGCUGUAUGUUCUUUUGUGAGAAGUGAAUGUAUGCAGUAGCCCAUGUCUGUGUACUUGUGUGGGUUGCUUUGACUUGCGCGUUAGUGAGACGACUGAUUUACUAUUUGCGAUUGAUGUGAAGAUGGUAUGGAGAGAAAGUGGUGAUAUUUUGAGUUUGUGUAAGUGUGGGGUGCUUUGUGUUGUCAGUUAUGUGUGUAGUGUUUGUACGUUCCCCACAUCUAAGGGGAGAGAAACAAAAUACCUGUAAAUAUGUAGAUGUGUAUAAAAAAAAAAAAUAAAGACUUCACAAUUAAACUGAAAA